AUGUCAAUGUCAUCAAAGAAUCAAACUCCUUUAAGUAAGAAAUUCUUCUGCUUAUUUAGAAAAAAAAAAUCUUGAGCAGGUCCAUUUGGUUUCUUCAGAGAUACAAAGAUGGCAGGAGGAGUUAAUAGGAAAAUAUCAGCUGCAUCAGCAAGAGCUCACACUAGAAAAGCAAAGCAAAACCCUUCCUUCAACCUUCCUUCAGGUUUAUUCACAAAACUACUAUUGGUCUUGUCCGUGGGGGCUUUAGCAUGGGCUUAUCAGGCCAUUCAGCCACCACCACCAAAAUUAUGUGGCUCUCCGGACGGUCCACCCGUCACAGCAUCAAGAAUAAAGCUGAGGGAUGGACGUCAUUUGGCCUACGAAGAGCAUGGCGUUCCAAGAGAUGCAGCAAAGUAUAAAAUCAUCCAAGUCCAUGGAUUCUACUCUCGUAGGCUUGAUACUAUUAGUCUGUCACCGGAACUCGUUAAACGAUUCGGGAUCUACAUUGUGUCUUUUGACAGACCAGUUUAUGGAGAGAGUGACCCUAAUCCAAAACGAACGGUAAAGAGUAUGGCUUUGGAUAUAGAAGAGCUUGCUGAUCAAUUGAGACUAGGAUCCAAGUUUUAUGUAAUUGGAAUUUCCAUGGGGGGGCAGGCGAUUUUGAGCUGCCUCAAGUACAUACCUCACAAGUUAGUUGGGGCGACAUUGAUAGCUCCAGCUGUUAACUACUGGUGGUCUGGUUUACCAACAAACUUAUCGAACCAAGGAUUUCAGCAACAGUUACCGCAAGAUCAAUGGGUGCUUCGUCUGGCUCACUAUGCUCCCUGGCUUACCUACUGGUGGAACACUCAGAAACGGUUCCCUGGUUUUAGCGUUCUCACUAACAGUACUGAUCAUUUGUCUAGUGAGGAUAUCAACCUCUUGAUGAAGAUGCCUUCAAGGGAUCAUAUCGUGGCACACUUAAGACAACAAGGCGAAUAUGAGUCCUUGCAUCGGGACAUGAUAAUCGGAUUUGGAGCAUGGGAAUUCUCUCCUGUGGAACUGGACAACCCAUUUCCUAACAAUGAGGGCUCAGUGCACCUAUGGCAAGGAGAUGAGGAUAAGCUUGUGCCGGUUACACUGCAACGUUACAUCGCCCAGCAGCUCCCAUGGAUGCACUACCACGAACUACCCGGUGCUGGACAUAUGUUUCCAGUCACGGAUGGGAUGUGCGAUAAUAUAGUAAAGGCACUUUUGGUUGGAAGGAAGUAGUCGGUGCAGCGUUUAUAGGUUUUCACCCUUAUCCCAUUAUUCCCCAUCACAACCAAACUUGAUAUUUUCAACAUUUUAAGCGUUGAAUCAACAAUUUGGUACCCAUUAGUACACUUGUACU